CCCUCUCACCAUUGCGUCCACCACAGCCUAAACUGUCGCUCGCCAGCGGAAGAACACGUCGGCUGGAGCUUGCGACUCGAGCGCCGGAAGAGGAAGUGCCUUAUGAGGGGCAUUGUGGGACUUGUAGUCCGGCGGGCUCGGGAGGACCUACGUGCCGGGAGAAAGCAGACCCGGAAGACAGGGCCGCACUACACUUCCGGGAGGCUGUGCGCGGCAGAUGCGUCACGUGAGGCGAGCGCGGGCUUUGGAAGGCGUCGGCGAGACUUGAGUGGUAAGACUAAGCGGCGUACUCGGAAGAACAGCGCUCGGGACUCUUGGCACCACCGGACCAGCGCUAACGGCGGAGGCUCAGCCAUGGGAAUUCAAGGCCUGGCCAAACUCAUUGCUGAUGUGGCCCCGGGUGCCAUCCGGGAGAAUGACAUCAAGAGCUACUUUGGCCGCAAGGUGGCCAUUGAUGCUUCCAUGAGCAUCUACCAGUUCCUGAUAGCUGUUCGCCAGGGCGGGGAGGUGCUGCAGAACGAGGAGGGGGAGACCACCAGUCACCUGAUGGGCAUGUUCUACCGCACCAUCCGCAUGGUGGAGAAUGGCAUCAAGCCUGUGUACGUCUUUGACGGGAAGCCACCGCAGCUCAAGUCGGGUGAGCUGGCCAAGCGUAGCGAGCGGCGUGCCGAGGCAGAGAAACAGCUGCAGCAGGCCCAGGCUGUUGGGGCGGAGGAAGAAGUAGAAAAGUUCACCAAGCGGCUGGUCAAGGUCACAAAGCAGCACAACGACGAGUGCAAGCAUCUGCUGAGCCUCAUGGGCAUCCCAUACCUUGAUGCCCCUAGCGAGGCAGAGGCCAGCUGUGCUGCGCUGGUGAAGGCUGGCAAGGUGUAUGCUGCAGCUACUGAGGACAUGGACUGCCUCACCUUUGGCAGCCCCGUGCUAAUGCGACACCUGACCGCUAGCGAAGCAAAGAAGCUCCCCAUCCAAGAGUUCCACCUAAGCCGUGUGCUGCAGGCGCUGGACCUGACACAGGCGCAGUUCGUGGACCUGUGCAUCCUGCUGGGCAGUGACUACUGCGAGAGCAUCCGGGGCAUUGGGCCCAAGCGGGCCGUGGACCUCAUCCAGAAGCACAAGAGCAUCGAGGAGAUUGUGCGGCGUCUGGACCACAGCAAGUACCCUGUGCCCGAGAACUGGCUGCACAAGGAGGCACAGCAGCUCUUCCUGGAGCCUGAGGUGCUGGACCCUGAGUCCGUGGAGCUGAAGUGGAGUGAGCCCGACGAGGAGCAGCUGGUCAAGUUCCUGUGUGGUGAGAAGCAGUUCUCUGAGGAGCGGAUCCGAAGCGGGGUCCGGCGACUGAGCAAGAGCCGCCAGGGCAGCACACAGGGCCGCCUGGAUGAUUUCUUCAAGGUGACCGGUUCACUGUCCUCAGCCAAGCGCAAGGAGCCAGAGCCUAAGGGGCCCACGAAGAAGAAGGCAAAGACGGGGGUGGCAGGCAGGUUCAAAAGGGGAAAGUAAAGUUGCUGCGCCCGAGAUCCCAUGCACUGCCUCUUGCGCUCAGAAGUGUAAGCAAGUCAGCGCCUGUACCACCCUCCUCUCUGGGGCUUCCCUGUCACUAUGUCAUGGCAGGAAGGACCCCCUGUAGCUCAGGAAAGUGUCAGCUCAAACCACCUCUCAGUGGACACUGGAUCCUCUAUUAUGCAGCAGUGACAGCAGCCUGUUCUAAAGCAAGACAAGGGAAGUGGCGGAGGCCAGGCAGCUGAGGGCAGAACCUGCUGUGCUGUCCUUCCCGGUCCCAUCUGCCCUCAGCCUUGCCUAGAAGGCAGGAAGCAAGCAGAAGGCCCUGCCUUGGCAGCAGGGCUUGGAUACCCAGCUGGGCUCCUGGCGGGAACUGGACCUGCUGGCUGAUGCAUGAAGGCGCUAUUCAGAGGAGUCAGGUGGCCCUUUGGGCUUUGCAGGGCACUCAACUGAGAAAGACUGGGAUCAGACACUGGUAUAUUAAGCUGUUUUUGUUUUAGAUGUGAUGGGAAAAGAAAAUCAAUAAAAUGGUAAACGUGUGGUAAA